AUGGCGCGAUGGUGCGCGCUGAACCAGCAAUGGACGAUUUGGUUUCUAGUCUUUCUUCUCCAUGGCGUCCUUUCUACACCAGGUCCCUGUGAGGUUGAAACAGGACAAUCGAGUAUUAUUGUGGACAUUGAAGAAAGUAGAGGCGACCAACUAAACCAAAGUACAGUUCCAGCAACGCUGCCAAUAGUUGGUGAACCAGAUGUUGACGUGGUACUCUCCACCGUUUUCCCAAAAGGUCCCACGCUAUUCCAACUCGAUGGAAAGAGAUUACAACUUUUGCAACCCUUAGAUCGGGAUGCUGAUAAUCUCUCGCAUAUGGUCUUCCAGCUGGUAUGCCAAGUCAAGUCUACGAAAAAGCGUCGGACCAUACCUGUCAUUGUACGAGUGUCUGAUAUAAAUGAUAACGCGCCAAUUUUCCAAGGAACUCCUUACGAAACUAGCGUGUCUGAACUUGUACCUCUCGGGACAACAAUAUUCGACAGAAUCCGCGCGACCGACAUAGACGCUGGAGUGAAUGGCCUCGCGGAGUAUUUCAUAGUACCAGGAGACAAUAAAACAGUGGAAGCGUCUAACGCGGUAGACGGCUAUGGAUACUUCGCUAUACCGAUACCACACCAGGGCCAGGUCACGGUCAACAGGAGCUUGGAUUACGAACGAACUCAGAAGUAUCUAGUCACUAUUGUUGCUUCUGAUCGUGCUCGUGACACCAAGCGUCGUAUGUCAAGUACUGCAACACUAACUGUCAACGUUCAAGACGAUGAUGACCAAGAUCCUUCCUUCAUCUACAAGGGCUGUUCUUCGCAUGAAGGGGCGUGUAUCAAUCCAGAAUAUUCGAGCUAUGUCAAUAGCGGUGUACUUGCCGGCAUCCUAACAAUUGAACCGGAGAAAAUCCAAGCAGUUGAUAUGGACACGUUAAACGCUAGAAUUAAGUAUAGCAUAGAGAGUGGUCAACCAGACUCUUGGAGUACUUACUUUGAUAUCGAUGAAAAUACGGGAGCCGUUAGGCAACUGUUACCUGUAGAUACCAGUAUUGCUAAGAAGUACCAAUUAGUUAUUAAGGCGGAAGAAAUAUCCGAAGCAAAACGGUUUACCACCGCGAAAUUGACAAUAACAGUACGCCCAGUAGAUGCCAGUCCACCUGUGAUUUCAGCAACCUCAGAUGAAGGGAGAGUCGAGGAGAACUCGCCUAAAGGGACCAAGAUUAUCGGUUCAGACAACCAGAAUAUACGUUUUAGUGUUUCUGAUCCAGAUUUGGGUCCCGGCGAUCCCAUACCAAAAUAUACGUAUGAGCUGACUACAAACUUCUUCGAUAUCGACAAGGAAGGAUACCUCAUCGUGAACGACGAGCAUUUAGAUAGAGACCCACCAAAUUCAGGACAUUUAAGAUUCCAGAUCGUCGCUAGAGAAGCGAAUGGCGGUGCUGCUUCAGCCCCGUUCUCCGUGGUAGUUUAUCUUCUGGACCAGAACGACAACGCGCCAGUUAUCCCAAAAACUCAACCCGUCAACGUUCCCGCUAGUUUAGAACCCGCUCCUGUUUAUAAGGUGGAAGCGACGGACAUAGACGAGGGUGAGAAUGCGCGUAUAACGUACAGCAUCUAUCACGUAUCUAAUAAUGGCGGUAACAAGUUCACUAUUGAACCCAGCACUGGAGUUAUUUCUAGCACAGGGCGUCUGCAAGCUGGCGAACAAUACAGUGUGACCGUCCGCGCCACAGACUCAAAAGGACUGAGCUCACAAGGCAUAAUUGAGUUGAUGGUUGCUCCGGGGCCAAACACAAGACCUCCACAAUUCUCUUCAAGAGACUAUUACGCCCCAGUAUCAGAAGGCGCCGCUAUAAACUCAACUGUUACCACUGUAACGGCCAAAGACCCAGAGAACGAACCUGUUACAUAUUCCAUUGUGUCUGGGAAUGACUUACGCCAGUUUGCUAUCGGUUCCAAUACGGGAAUCAUUACCGUGAUAAGGCGUUUGGAUAGAGAAGUUCUUACACGAUAUCAGCUGAUGGUAAGAGCUGAAGACCCAGGAAGACUAUCAACAACCGCUACGGUCAAUAUCAAAGUCACUGAUAUUAACGAUAACAAUCCCAAGUUUGAUGAAGAUAUAUACACAUUCCAUGUAAAAGAAGGUGCAUCAGGUGAACAGGUUGGAUACGUACACGCUACAGACAUAGACGAAGGAGUGAAUGCUCUAGUGAGCUACAGCGUCCCAAACAAUGUACCUUUCGCUAUUGACAACACAACUGGUCUUAUUACAACCAACACCCAACUAGAUUAUGAAGAGACUAAGGAGUACGCCUUCGUAGUCACAGCAACAGAUGGCGCUAUAGACAAACGAUUAGGGACAGCGUCAGUUACCGUGCUCGUGGACGAUGUUUCUGACGAGCCACCUAUCUUUUCUCAGCCUUUGUACUCCGUGCAUGUACCGGAAAAUGUACCUAACUACCCUGUCAUUAAGGUUCAUGCUGAGGACCCAGAUUCGGUCCCAGAAAUCACCUACACAAUACUAAAAGGUGACACGGACCUGUUCUCUAUAGAUCGCAAAAGCGGUAUGAUUCGCACACUUAGGCCCUUAGAUAGAGAGAUGAUUGCAAGACACGAGCUUAUUGUUGGUACGGAGGAAAAUAAUGGACAGGAUAAAGGUGCUACUACCACUGUGGAGAUUAUUGUUGAUGACAAAAACGACAAUGCACCAGUAUUCACGUCAGCGAUACGACCUGUUACAAUCGAAGACACGUCAUCCAUAGGUUCUUUAGUUGAAACAGUCGUAGCAUUGGAUGCUGAUGCUACUCCUCCGAAUAAUAGGAUACGAUACGCCUUAGUUGGGAGGGGAAAGGCUUCAAUAUACUUCCAUGUGGAGCCUGAUACUGGUGUUAUAAGACUCAGGGAUGAUUUGAGGAAGGAAACUGACAGUGAAUAUACUGUGGACGUGCAAGCGUAUGACGAAGGAGAUCCUGUGAUGUCAUCUGUUACAAGCCUAACUGUUUAUGUCAGUCAUUCAGCUACUGUGCCGCCAGAUGUAAGAUUAGGCUUCGCAGAUACAACUUACACCGAACACGUCGCUGAAAAUUCGCCCAAUGGCACUUUAGUGCGUAUUCUGCCUAUCUGGAAUAAAAGCAAACACUCUAGAGACACCCCACUUAAAUGCCUGCUUACAGACUCGUCACAAAAAGGUGUAUUCUAUGUUAAGCUGACAGAAGAUAGAGAUUGUGCAAUCUACUUAAACGCAUCUAUAGACUACGAGGCACUGAUGGAAUAUUCUUUGGAGGUCCAGUUGGAGUCUAUACAGGGAUUGAUUAAUCCGGAAAGCAGUAAAGCUGUUAUCAACGUACAUGUGACUGAUGUGAAUGACAAUCCACCAGUUUUCGUAUUCAAUGAACAGUCUAGCAUUGCUGCUGCUAAGGGGAAGUACUUCGCAAUCGCUACUAAAGAUAUGCCGUUGGGUACUAAUGUUUUACAAGUCACGGCGAAAGACAAAGACAGUGGGGACUUCGGAAAAGUGGAAUAUCGUAAGAACUCUUGGACCAAGGUAGCUGAAGAGUAUUUUACGCUAGACAAAGAAACCGGUGUAAUUUCUAAUAUUAAAACAUUCGAAAAUGUACCCAAAGAAGUCCUGCCUUUCAAAUUCAAUGUAAUGGCAAGAGAUAAUCCCAAGUCCGAAGAUUACAAGACUGCGAGAGCUUCUGUUGUGAUUAAUUUACUCCAAAAAGAUAACCAAUUGAUCCUAGAAGUACCUGAUCUAAACCUCAACGCGAUGUCAGCCCUUAAAGCACGCAAUCUUCUAGUUGAUAUUGAGGGAAAGAGCGGCUUGUACGCCGGUCUCGAGAAACUCACUCCCAAAUUGUAUUUAGGAGAAAAUGGAACACUCGAAAGCGACUUGAACGGCACAGAUGUGUGGCUGUACUUGCUUGAUCCUAAUAGUGGGCAGAUAUUGACUAGAGAAUCUCAACCAGUCAAGAAGGCAAUAGACGCAGGAGUACACGUCCAAGCACCAUUAGUUCCAGCAGAACCACCGCGAAGAACUCACAUUGCAGCAGCCCCGCUUACCACAGCGUUACCAGCUGCAUUACUGGCUUUAGCUGCACUUGUCCUGGUUGCUGCUACCGCUGCUACAGUCUAUAUCUGCGCUUCUUGGAAUCGGUACAAAAAACACAAGGAACAAGCUCUACAACAGCAGUAUGGUACUCUAAGUCUGAGUAUGGCGCCACCGAGACCACCUUCUGGUUAUGAAUCCAGCGAAGAUGAUCCAGCACCACGAUACGAGACCCAGGUUUUAAACAUGGCCGUCGACGAUGCAGACUUACAACUGGAUUUCAGUCCUAACAACCACGCUUUCAACAUUCACAACGUCCAAUAUUUAUCAAAAGAUAAUGGUGAAAGAAGUCCAACGAUAUCCGAAACAGCGACCACCGCGCGCGCAUCUAGUGUUAAUGAAAAUGGCGGAACCCUCAACAACAUGACUAACUACGACAACGCAGUUCGCAACACGCAAACACUAAACCGACGGACACACAACAGCCACCCUUUGAACAAUGCCAUCGGGACGUUACCGAGAGUCAAUAAUAAUAAUAUUGGACACGGGCUGCUAGCUACGACGCUGGGAAGGAAGAUAAAUGGAAACAAUCACAAGAAGAAAACGACUCAGCCGAUCAUGGCGUACGAUGAGAUACCAGGAUUGCAAAGAGCCACGGAUAACGAAAACGUUACGUUUGGCAAAAGAAACUUCACUGGUUAUUCAUACGACCAGUCUCCUGUGGAAACCACGACAGAGUUAUAA